AUGAUAGCCGUUUUCGAUAUCGGCGCGCUGGGCGGGCUUGAGGUGGUGGAGGGCGGUCUGGUCGGAGGCGAGCUGGCGGCUCACGUGCUGAGCGCGCAGGCCGCCGCACACGCCGCGGCGACUGCGGCCGCGCAACAACAACAGAUGGCUGUGCAGCAAAUCAUGUGUCCGUCAGAGAACUCACCAUCUUCUGGCCGGUCCACGCCUGUGACCACGGCCGCUGGGAACACUUCCCCGUCUCCCAGCAAGCUGUUUGUGGGCGGGCUGAGCUGGCAGACGAGCUCGGAGAAGCUGAGAGAGUACUUUGCUAUGUUCGGGGCUGUGACCGAUGUGUUGAUCAUGAAGGAUCCCGUUACACAGCGCUCGCGCGGCUUCGGCUUCAUCACGUUCCAGGAGGCGGCGUCCGUGGACAAGGUGCUGGCCGUGCCCGUGCACACGCUGGACGGCAAGAGGAUCGACCCCAAGCACGCCACGCCCAAGUCGGCGCCCAAGCCGGCCAAGACCAAGAAGAUCUUCGUGGGCGGCGUGGGGCAGGACACGUCGGCCGACGAGGUGCGCGCCUACUUCGCGCAGUUCGGGGCCGUGGAGGACGCCGUGAUGCUCAUGGACCAGCAGACCAAGAGGCACCGCGGCUUCGGCUUCGUGACCUUCCACUCGGAGGAGGCCGUGGAGCGCGUGUGCGACAUACACUUCCACACCAUCAAGAACAAGAAGGUGGAGUGCAAGCGCGCGCAGCCCAAGGAGGCCGUGGCCGCCGCCCCGCUGGCGCUCGGCAAGAGGCUGGUGCUGCGGCCGGGCCGCGGGCUGGUGUACGCGGGCGGCGUGGGCGGGGUGGGCGCCGUGGGCGGAGUGGGCGGCGUGCCGGCCGUGGGCGCGCACGCGUACCGCUACGCGCCGUACGCCCUGCCGGGGUCGCUGGUGGCCCCGCAGCCCGCGCCCGCGCCCGCGCUGCCCCAGUUCGGCGCGGCCUACUCUCUAGCCGGCGUGGACAUGUCGUCGUUCCAGGGCGUGGACUGGAGCGCCAUGUACGGCGUGCCCAUGUACAUCUGA